CAAAAUAAAGACAAGUAUAAAACGGCCCGGAUUCAGAGAUUUAGUACCACAUACAUUUCUUGAGUUCAUUUGUUCACUUGACAAAUCCUUUCAACAGUCAAAAUGUUCAAACUCUUCAUCUUCGCCUGCUUCCUCGCCAUCGCCGCCGCCAAGCCUGGAGUGUUGCCGUUGGCAUACACAGCUCCCUUGGCUGCAUACACAGCACCCGUAGCUGCAGCCUACACAGCUCCAGUAGCCGCAGCAUAUACCGCGCCAGUGGCCUACUCCGCCUACUCGGCUUACACCGCACCAGUUGCCGCUUACUCCGCCUACACUUACGCGUCUCCUUACUCCGCCUACUACCUUCGCCGUUGAUUUUACCACGAUGAUGAAUUGUAUUGAGUGAACUAAUGAAUAAAUAAUUUCAUACAAU